AUGGAUGCACGUCCGACAUGGAACUGGUCCUCUGUAGGGGACACCUCUGCUCAGCAACAUCCGGCGGAACCUCACCCGGCAGAACCUGAAGCACGGCGGCCAGACACGACACCACGCCCCGAGCCCCGAGCCGCGCCUAGAAACAGGCGUUAUGGCACGCGCACGUGUCGUAUCUGUCUCGACACCGAAGAGCCCAAGUUUCCUCCCGAGCCGACCACCACGUUUGGCAUUGCUACGUCGUCGUCUCGACCGACCUACGUGUCCGAUGAUCCGGAACUGGGCCGAUUGCUAUCACCAUGCAAGUGUAAGGGUUCGCAGAAAUACGUCCACGAAGGAUGUCUCAACGCUUGGAGACUCGCAAAUCCAAUGGAGGCGAGGAAUUACUGGCAAUGUCCGACCUGCAAGUUCACGUAUCGCAUCUCUCGACUACACUGGGGUUCAGCCUUGAGCAGCAAGUGGGCCCAGGUCGGCUUGACUGUCCUCUUCUGCAUCAUGAGCAUCUUCAUCCUUGGAUUCAUUGCCGAUCCCCUCUUUGACCUCUGGUCCGACCCAAUUGGAACCAUUGGCGAGACUGUCACAAGCGUGGUAACAGAUAUCGAAGCCCUGAAGCCACCUCCACCGUCAGAGCCCACGUCAUGGAUUGAGCACUUCACCAAGGGCUUCUUCUCUCUGGGCAUCGUUGGUUUGUUCAAGACCAUGAUUUCCGUCAACCCGUUCCACUGGUGGCAACUGCGAAACAGCGGCAUGGCAGGCGGCGGCAGAAGACAGGGGACUGGCCGGAAUCGCGUCGAAAACAUUAACCUGAUAUUUGUACUCAUUGGCGCAGCCACUUUCCUGAUGGGUAUCUGGAAAGGUGUUCAGAAGUUGAGUGCUCGCGUGCUCAAGAAUGUGAGCGACAGAGUUCUCGAUGUUGGGGAAGACGACGAUGAUGAAGAAGGGGACAAUGCCAACGACGGGCCGAGCCAAGAGAGUAAGAAAGAUCAAUGA